AUGGAAUCAACGAACGCAUCUGUUGAAACAGAAGUAAAAAAUGGAGAAAUAGAUGACGAAUCAACUUUUAUGAACGAUAUUGAAACAAGGAAGGCAAUAUAUGGAAUAUGUACAGAAUGUGAUAACCCUUUCACAGGAGAUUCAUGGUGUCAAAAAUGUAAUGCUAAAAGAUUUAAAGAAAAUUUUAAAAAUUGGACCAGUGGAAAUAAAAAUAUUGAUGAAUUUAUUCAAGAACAACAACUUAAUGCAGUACAUUGGACAAGAUGUUGUGAAUGGAUACCUUUUGAAAAAUUUCAAAAUGUUACAUAUAUUUCUAGAGGUGGUUUUGGUAAAGUUUUUAAAGCUAAUUGGUUAGAAGGUUAUAUUCGUAGUUGGAAUGUUCAAAAACAAAAAUGGAAUAGGUAUAAUAAUCAUUCAUAUAAAGAAGUUGCAUUAAAAUGUUUAGAUAAUUCAAAUAAUAUAAGUAAAGAUUUUUUAAAUGAGGUUAAAACUUAUUAUCAAAUUUAUGGAAGUAGUUAUAUCGUUCAAUGUUAUGGAAUAACUAAAGAACCAGAAACUAAUAAUUAUAUGAUGGUUUUACAAUAUUUUUAUAAAGGAAAUUUACGUGAAAAUUUACAUAAAUUAUAUAACAUCAAUUAUUCCGAAAAACUUAUGGUUUUACAUCAAAUAUCUAUUGGACUUAAAAAUAUUCAUAAUGCUGGAAAAGUUCAUAAAGAUUUUCAUUCAGGAAAUAUAUUAUUUGGAAAUAAUGUAUCUAUUAGUGAUUUAGGAAUGUGUCAACCAGCCGAUUAUCAAUCAGAAGGGGAUGAUGGUAUUUUUGGAGUAUUACCUUAUAUAGCUCCAGAAGUUAUACGUGGACGUCAAUAUACAAAAUCAUCUGAUAUCUAUUCAUUUGGAAUAAUAAUGAAUGAAUAUUUAUCUGGUGUAGUACCUUUUAAUAAUAUUUCUCAUAAUUUUAGUUUAGCUUGUAAUAUAUGUAAAGGACUUAGACCAGAAAUUCCAGAUUAUCUUCCAAAAUUAUUUGCAGAAUUAAUUAUGAAAUGUUGGAAUGCAGAACCAGAAAAUAGACCAACUGUAGAAGAAUUAUGUCGUUUAAUAAAUGAAUUAAGAUUAAAAUUGGAUUAUAAAGAUGCAGAAAUUUGUAAUCAAAUAGAAGAAAGUGAAAGAAUUAGAUUUAAUGAACAAGUUAAGAAUAAAUUCAAACAAGUACAACAUCCUCAAGCAAUAUAUACCAGUAGAUUUUUAAAUUAUAGAAGUCUUCCAAAUCCAAUGACAUCUUCAUAUAAAAUUUCUCAAGAUAUUAUUCAAUUUAUAUCAACAAGUCAAAAUUCAGAAAUUCAAUUUAUUGAACAAGAGUUAAUUAAGUAA